AUGCAACUUAUCAAGUGUCUUGGGACACUUUCUAUUUACCAUGGAAUCUGCUCUGCCUCCACCGUGACCAUCGAUCCAAAGUCACAGCUACAAGUUAUCGAUGGCUUUGGCAUCUCUCAGGCCUUCGGCCGGGCCUCUCAAUUCAAAGCUCUCGCCCAAGGACCCCAACAGAAAGGUCUAGAUUACCUAUUCAACACCACCACCGGGGCAGGUCUCUCCAUCAUUCGCAAUCGUAUCGGCUCCGGAAGCAACUCGGCAGACUCUAUCGAACCCAAUAGUCCUGGAAGUCCGAAUGCGAAGCCUACCUAUAUCUGGGAUGGAGACGAUGAAGGUCAGGUAUGGUUCAGUCAAGAGGCGAUGGGUUACGGUUAUCUGCACUAUUACAACCAGACAGGAAUCCCAAUCACGCACGUUGGGUUUCUCAACGAACCGGAUGGGUCUGACUUUAUGCUUUCUGACGCCGCGCAAGCGGCUUCAAUGAUUCCAAUCCUACAUAGCACCCUGGAAAUUGAGGGUUUUGGUCAUGUCAAGAUGACAUGCUGUGACAAUAUUGGCUGGAACUCACAGAAAGCCUACACAAAGAAUCUCACCAAGGCCGGCAUGGAUGAAUAUCUGUCCGUGAUUACAUCGCACAUGUACUCGAGCGACGCAACAACUCCCAUGGAUACCAACCUGACGACAUGGAUCACCGAAGCGGCUGAUCUAACCAACCCUUGGUGCACAACCUGGUACAGCACCGGAAGCUUAUGUGAAGGUUUUACCUGGGCUGUCAAACUAGCAGAAGGAAUCGUCAACGCUGGCCUAUCUGCGUACCUGUAUUGGGAAGGUGUGGAAGUCAGUCAGCAGCAAGCAGCUUCAUAUCUUGUCCUGAGUGACGGGACAGAUGUAUACCCAUCGGGUCGCCUGUGGGCAAUGGCUCAUUGGUCCCGGUAUAUCAGGCCUGGCGCACACCGCGUUGCUACCACAGGAACUGUUCCAAACACUAUUAUUGGAGCAUUUGUCAAUACUGAUUCUAGUCUGGUAACUGUGCUCACCAACAGCGGUGGCAUUGCACAAAACGUUGAACUCGACCUUCCAGGAGCCAGCUCAGAUAAUGUGUUUGCCGUUGUCACGGAUCAGAGUUCCCAAAUGGCUCCUCUCGACAUGAAUGUAUCGAAUGGUAUAGUGUCCGUGUCUGUCCCAGCAUACGGUGUCAUCACUGUGAAGUCCGAGGGUACCGUUGCAGGUGGAUCAUCCAACAUCGCCAGUCCAUCGAAGAUCAAUAUAGCAACACCGAGCUCGACCGCUAUCUCCAGUUCGUCUUCUGUCUCGCGUGCCAGAUCCUCGAGUGCUAUCCCAUCCAGUUCAAGGGCAGUGUCCAAAUCAGCGCAGAACUCGUCAGCCAUGCCAGGAAAAGUGCAGGCAUCUACGGCCAGUGCUUGCGAGGCUCCUAUACCAUCCCAAGUCCACCACAAUCAUCAUGGCCAUCACAGCCACCAUUAG